AUGGGUCAUUACGGGAAUGGUGCGUCUCUCCAAGAAAUCGCUCGCUGGGCUGGCUGUGCGGAGGGAACCGUCGAGCUCUAUACGGACCGCUGCCAAGAGGCGAUCAUGUCUCUUCACGACAUGUUUGUACGGCCGCUGUCAGAGGCAGAGAAGGAGACCGAGAAGCGGUGGAUAGAGGAGCAGCUGGGCUUCACAGGCACAUCUUGGCGGGAGGGUUUUGUGAUGUAUGAUGGGACAAUCAUCGUCUUCUACGCCCGACCUGGCAUGGACGGGGAUGCAUACUACACUAGGAAGUGCAAUUAUGGGUUGAAUGCCCAGAUUGGGAAUGCACCAUCCAAUCUCCGGAUCCUCGAUUACUCUGUCGGCAUGACAGGGUCUGCGCAUGACUCGUCUGCCUUCGAACAUACUGCUGCAGCCAAGUAUCCCGACUGGUUCUUCAAGGGAAAGGAGUUCGCAUGGGCCGACUCAGCAUAUACAGUCAAUUCAAGGACAAUCCCCGUUCACAAGCAACCCGCUUCCUUCGACCGCUGCAAUGCACUUUUUGACAAGCACGUUUCCCGCCUUCGCGUACGAUCGGAGCACUGCAUGGGCGCACUGAAGGGACGGUGGCAAUCACUCCGUGGCCUUCGUGUCAACGUCAACAAUCAUGCGGGACACCUGCGCGCUUGUCGCUGGGUUUCCUGCUGCAUUGUCCUACAUAACACGAUUUUGGACAUCGAUGGAUGGGUGGCAGGUGCUCAGUUUGUGCCAUUGCAUGGGCCAAGGGAGGAGGAGGAAGAUCGUGGUGGGAGGGACGAGCCUCUAGAGGUGAUUGUGGAUGAUCCAGGCGCUCGUCGGCGAGAGCUGGUUGAAGAACUUAAUGUAGUGAGAGAGAUGGGCUUUAUUCGCUAG